CAUUUGACCAGGAGAGGGGCGAGUUGAAGUCCCCGGCAGGAGUGGAGUUUCAUUUGACCAGGAGAGGGGCGAGUUGUAGUCCCCGGCAGGAGUGAAGUUUCAUUUGACCAGGAGAGGGGCGAGUUGAAGUCCCCGGCAGGAGUGGAGUGCACUGGUCGGUUGAUUAAAAUGAGGCCUAGGACCUCAUUGAUUCGGUAGGCAUCAGGUAAACAAAUGAGGAACCAAGGAAAGUGUAUUUCAGACUACUCAAGUGAGGGGUCCUACAACACCAGACACAAGAGGUAAAGUAAAAGAAGAUAGAAGAAGGUGGCAGAACUCUUCCCAUAAUCAUGAUUUCACAGAAGCCACAGCCUUCACAGUAACUGAAGUGACAUUAAAACUGCAGUUGGAUUUAGUGACUCUGCCUGGAAAACCAUGGAUGCGUUUGAGGGUCUCCACAGUGUCCAGCUGUCCUCCUCUCCACCCCUUGCCUCUGCCACCAACCCAGGGUAUGAGGUUCUAGUAUCCGCCAGAUCUGGUAUCCAGGUGUACUCCAACACCACGUUCUAUGGUAAACCCAGUGUUCUAGAGCAGGCUCAGAAGAGGGGGAGAGCCAAAUAUCACUCCCACCGAGAGGAGACUAAAGAAGAGAGGUGUGAGGUUGGAAGGUUGGUAGACCUGGAGCCAGGUCCAAUCCCCAGGGUGGAGGGUGGAGGGCAGGGUGACCCCAGGCCCGCCAGGCCCCAGGAGCAGGGUACCCAGGCCAGGGGCAGAGAGGGCAGCAGGCUGGAGCGUGCUGCCCAGCUGGAGGGUGCCCGGGGCGGGGAGCAUGAAGACAAUGUGUCCCGCCUCCGGAGCUCUUCCCUGGAGAUCAGAGAGAAGGGAUCAGAGAUCCUCAGAGAGCAGCUAGAUGCUGCACAGAAGGAGCUGAAGCUGAAGGAUAAGGAGUGUGAGCGUCUGUCACAGAUCCAUCAACUAGAGCAGGAGCUGGAGGAGCUAACUGCCAGUCUGUUUGAGAAAGGAGCUCACAGGAUGGUGCGUGAAGCCAACGUGAAACAAGCAGCAGCAGAGAAACAGCUGAAGGAGGCUCAGGACAGGCGGAGGUGUCCGCCCUGGAAGACCAUGGUCCUGAAAUCCACCCGUCUUCCCCAACCGCCAGGCCCACCUCAGCCCUCUCCCGGGCAUAGGUCCAGGGGUGCCAGCCCCACCAUGGAGGAGGACACAACCCGCAACAAGAGUGCCAGUGGUCCUCCCCAUUGUCCCCGGUGGGCACUCAGACCUGCCUCUGACCUGCAACCAGUCAGAGAGGACAAAGAGCUUCUUCUUUCCUCCCUCCUCUCUCCCUCCCUCCAUCUGUCCUUCUCUCCAUCUCUCCUUUCUCAGCCUACUGUUCCUACGCUCCUCUUGCUGAUUCUAUGUCUGGUUCUGGGUCACUCUGUCUCUGUGACCUAUGAACCCUACUGGGCAGAGCAGGGGGAGAGGCCACGGUCUCUCAGCCGCCAGAUGGACAACAUUCUGUAUGCAGAGUUCUUGACCUGGAGAAACAGACCUAGUCUGGACAGAAGUUCAGCCUUCCUGGUGCGGAUAUACAGGGAGGACAUCAGCCCCUGCCUCUCCUUCACACGAUCUGAGUUGUCUCAGUCAGUACAGAAUGCAGUGGAGAACAACUCUCUAACCAUCCAGCCGGUGGCCUUGUCAGCUUUACCCGUGGUCAAAGCCAACGCCAUAGAGUGUGGCGGGCCCAAGAAGUGUGCGUUGAGCGGCAUCCGGUCCUGUAAGCACCAAAUCAAACUGGGUGACGAAGAGAGUUACUACUAUAUCUCUCCCUCCGCAGCGGCACGGGUACCUAGCAACCAUGUUUGUUGUUUUUUGAAAAAUAUAUUUGAAAAUGUAUUGAAAAUAAAAUAUGUAUUCACUUAUCCUCCUCAACACUUAAGACAUAUAAAUAUGACUACUUUUGUGAUAUAAUACUUUUAUCACGUAGGCCUAUGUGAGAGAACUUUUUGUUUGAAAGUGUGUGUGAGCCCUUCCUCAAUUCCGCUCCUCUAGAUCACAACCGUGUGUACUUCUUCAUAUAUCCGUUAAUUCAGCAGGGCUGGUCAGACAUGAUGGUAAGUCUGACGUCCCCUUCUAAAAGAUAGACACAGAGAGCUCAACAAUAGACCCAUUUAAACAGUGAAAAAUGACAGUGGCAAUAAGUUAGCUUUGUUAAUGCAGACAUUUAAAUCUGUCUGCCGUUCUGAAACUGACUGAAACCAUUUAAACCUCAUGUCU